CAUUUUGAAAAAAAAAGGUUAUUAUGGUCUUACCUUUACUUAUAAAUGAAGUCCAUGCACAGCUCCUUCUGAUCAAAAGCAUCGAUAACUUGUUUAUAGAAGUCUUCCUUAUCUUUCUUCAGUUUUAAAAGUCUCUCUGUCUCCAUGGAGAUCUUCCUUUAUUACCUCCUGCUUCCAUUGAAAGUCCAGUUUAGAAAACUGUUUUAUUUUAGAUAUGUAAUCCUCCAUGUUAAAAGUGCAAGCGAGAGGAAAAAAUGAACUCUUGCUGCUUGUUGUCACUUCUUCUGCAGCCGAGUAGUCGCAAGAAGGAUCACUAGCGCCCUCUACCACCAGGAGGCGGGAGUCAUUUAAUGACUCAUAUUUGACACACGCAGCUACGGUAUAUUAAUAAAACAUAGCUGCUUACUGUUCUUUUUAGCAUAUUCAAUAGCUUGGACCUUAAAUCCUACUGAAUAGCUCUUAAUCUUCUUCCCUUUAUGCGAUUUCAAAUGAUUGAAAUCAGCCUCCUUCAUUUUGAAAAUGAUGACAGGUGAAGUGUCACUCGUGACGUGACGAGUUUGACCCGGUGGAAAUUCUAGACAUGCGCUAAUAAAAAUAAUAUUUUGCGAUAGAGUUUGACCCAGCAGUAAUUCUAGGCAGGUGCAUACUAUAUACCCGGCGGCAAUUCAACGAAAUACGGUAGUUUGAUUACAAAAAAAACUUUGAUUUCUAUUUGUUUUUUUCUGAUUAAGUGUAACUAAUAAAAUCUGGAGCGGACAAAGCGCCUGAUACUUAAAACAUAGUUUCCACGCGACUACUGCAAUAGAGUUUGAAAUUAGUUUGAUGAAAAGAAAGCUUUUAGGGCUUAAAAUGAGUUUGAUUUGGAAAAAAGCUUUGAUUUUUAUUCUGUUUUCACGGGCUCUAAAUUAGUUUAGUAACAAAAUAUUUGACGCCGAGGUGUACACCUGCAAAAAAGCUAGCAUGCUAUAUAUAGAAUGCUAACAAUUCUGCCACAGGUCGUUAAAAAACGAGCUGGGGGCCGCACUUUGGACACCACUGCUGUGUCAUUUCUUCACAAAGUCACCUUGCCAAAUCAAGGUGUGCACAUUCUUACAAUUCUGUGUAUUUGUGGACCAGCUUUGCAGUGGAAAUAACUUUCCCAAACUCCUUUUUACAAGUGAAACAACCCAGCUUGACCCUGAUUGCCUCCAGUUCUUCUUCUUCCUUCUGUCUUAUCAGCUUAAAAAAACAUGGCUGUGGGCGGGGGGAGGGGAAGGGGGGGGGGGGUUACCUGCCCCGUGUGGCCCCGCCUCUCCUCUUAGGCCCAUUGACAAAGAGUAAACACAAGAGCACCUUUACCUGCCUCCUCAGUCGGUGUGCAGCAGGCAGGGCGAGCACAAGGUCCCUGGAACAACUCUCAAGGUCUUCUUCACCUCUGCUGACAUCUGUGUGGCCCUCAGGCCACAGAUCUGAUCGGAUGGUUUUGUCAGAAUGACAGCCGAAGACCCUGCUUCCUCUUCAACCAUGAGCACCAAUACCUCCUCCAAGUCCCACCCCGCUCUCCUGGCGCAGAACCCCAUUGUGGAAGGUGUGGUGGGCACCCCCAACGAGGCGGCGCUGGUGGCCUUGAUGGAGCGCACCGGCUACACCAUGGUCCAGGAGAACGGCCAACGAAAAUACGGGCCUCCGCCGGGCUGGAACGGCCCGUCGCCACAGAGAGGAUGCGAGAUUUUUGUGGGCAAGAUCCCAAGAGAUGUUUAUGAGGAUGAGCUGGUGCCCGUGUUUGAGUCCGUGGGACGCAUCUACGAGAUGCGGCUGAUGAUGGACUUUGACGGGAAGAACCGAGGCUACGCGUUUGUGAUGUACACUGAAAAACACGAGGCCAAACGAGCCGUGCGGGAUCUCAACAACUACGAGGUCCGGCCCGGCCGGCUCCUGGGGGUUUGCUCCUCUGUGGACAACUGCCGUCUGUUCAUCGGCGGUAUCCCCAAGACCAAAAAGCGGGAGGAGAUCCUGGAGGAGGUCUCCAAAGUGACGGAGGGCGUGCUGGAUGUGAUCGUUUACGCCAGCGCCGCCGACAAGAUGAAGAACCGCGGCUUUGCCUUCGUAGAGUACGAGUCCCACCGCGCUGCCGCCAUGGCCCGUAGGAAACUGAUGCCCGGGCGCAUCCAGCUCUGGGGCCAUCAGAUCGCAGUCGACUGGGCGGAGCCAGAAAUUGACGUGGAUGAAGAUGUUAUGGAGACAGUGAAGAUCCUUUACGUCAGGAAUCUAAUGAUGGAAACCAGCGAGGAAACGAUCAAACAGGUAUUCAGCCAGUGGAACCCAGGCUGCGUAGAACGAGUGAAGAAAAUCCGCGACUACGCUUUCGUUCACUUCACCACCCGGGAUGAUGCGGUGCUGGCCAUGGACCACCUCAACGGGACAGAGGUGGAGGGCUCCUGCAUCGAGGUGACGCUCGCCAAGCCGGUGGACAAAGAGCAGUACUCCCGGCAGAAGGCCUCAAAGGGGGGUUCCGCCACUCCGGAAGUCCCGCAGCAGAACUACGUCUACCAGUGUGACCCCUACACGCUGGCCUACUACGGAUAUCCCUACAGCACCCUCAUCGGACCCAACAGAGACUACUUUGUCAAAGGAUCGUCACUGAUACUGAACAAUGCAGGUACUGUGCGAGGCCGUGGUCGCGCCACCACAGGUAACCGUACCCCUGGUCCCCGGGGGUCGUACCUGGGGGGUUACUCUGCCGGUCGUGGCAUCUACAGCCGCUACCACGAGGGUAAGACCAAGCAGCCCGAAAAGCCUUAUGAACUGAUGCCCAGUCUGGAGCUGGCGGCCUCCGUCAACCAAGUUGCCAUCAAAGCAGGCCCAAUGGCCCUGCCCGCUCUGGCGGGGCAGUACCCCAUGUUCGGUGCGGCGCCCGCAGCCAAGCUGAUGGAGGAGGGCAAGGUGCAUGCCAUGGAACACCUGAUCAACCCUCUGGCCUUGCAGCACCCGGAACACUCGGCCGCCCCCACUGCCGCCGCCACCGUGCUGCCGGUGUCCACGCCUCCGCCUUUUCAGGGUCGUCCCAUCACUCCCGUCUACGCCAUGACUCACAGCGUUCCCCGCAUCUCGGCGGCGGCGGCCGGCGGCCUCUACGGCGCAGGAUACGUCCCCAUCACAAACUACGCCGCCAACACGGCAGCUCUGGCCGCCCUGCAGAAGAACGCGGCGGUGGCGGCCGCGGCGUACGGGGGAUACGCAGGCUAUGCUGUGCCGCAGGCCUUCCCCGCCGCCGCCUUUCAGAUGCCACUCCCCGACAUCUACCAGUAUUGAUGCGCCCGCCCGGGGUCACACCUGGUCUCUCUUCCACCACCUCCACCACCUCCUCCACCUCCUGCUGCCUGCCACUGCAUCUUUGGGACUUCACGACAAGACACACACUCCACCUUGUGUGUGUGUGUGUGGGGGGGGGGGGGACAUGUCUCACCCCCACUUUCACACAGGUGGUCUACUUCUAGACUUAAAGGUACAUUGAAGUAUUUAUGAAGAGAAGACAUAUUAUUAUUAAUGCUCUCAGAUAUUCCAAACUAAACAUAUUAUUCAGACUAAAGGACCUUCUAGAACACGGGGGUCAGACUCUGAGGGCCACUUCCUUUUUAUGGGCCGCAUGGAAGCCAGAAGAAUUGAUGAAUAUACAACUCACUCCAUGACAUGAUUACACCAUUGUCUGGCCCAGACCUGGCCCGCCACUUCAAUUAUGUGGCCUGCCGCAUCAUUUCGUGUGAUAUGACACAUUAAUUUUAAGUGGCCUGCCACAUCUUUUUAUGUGAUAUGACACAUUAUUUUAAGUGGCCUGCCGCAUCAUUUUAUGUGAUAUGACACAUUAUUUUAAAUGGCCUGCCACAUCUUUUUAUGUGAUAUGACACAUUAAUUUUAAGUGGCCUGCCACAUCUUUUUAUGUGAUAUGACACAUUAAUUUUAAGUGGCCUGCCACAUCUUUUUAUGUGAUAUAACACAUUAUUUUAAGUGGCCUGCCGCAUCAUUUCGUGUGAUAUGCUUCAUUAAUUUAUGUGGCCUGCCACAUCUUUUCAUGUGAUAUGCCUCAUUUUUAUGUGGCCUGCCACAUCAUUUUAGGUGAUAUGACACAUUAGUUCUAAGUGGCCUGCCACAUCAUUUUAUGUGAUAUGACACAUUAAUUUUAAGUGGCCUGCCACAUCUUUUUAUGUGAUAUGACACAUUAUUUUAAGUGGCCUGCCGCAUCAUUUCGUGUGAUAUGACACAUUAAUUUAUGUGGCCUGCCACAUCUUUUCGUGUGAUAUGCCUCAUUUUUAUGUGGCCUGCCACAUCAUUUUAGGUGAUAUGACACAUUAGUUCUAAGUGGCCUGCCACAUCAUUUUAGGUGAUAUGGCACAUUAAUUUUAAGUGGCCUGCCACGUCAUUUUAGGUGAUAUGACACAUUAAUUUAUAUGGACCGCCGCGUCAUUUUAUGUGAUAUGCCGCAUUUUUUAUGUGGCCUGCCACGUCAUUUUAGGUGAUAUGACACAUUAAUUUUAAGUGGCCUGCCACAUCAUUUUAUGUGAUAUGACACAUUAUUUUAAGUGGCCUGCCACUUCAUUUUAUGUGAUAUGACACAUUAAUUUUAAGUGGCUUACCACAUCAUUUUAUGUGAUAUGACACAUUAUUUUAAGUGGACUGCCACAUCAUUUUAUGUGAUAUGCCUCAUUUAUGUGGCCUGCCACAACAUUUUAUGUGAUAUGACACAUUAAUUUUAAGUGGCCUGCCACUUCAUUUUAUGUGAUAUGCCUCAUUAAUUUAUAUGGACCGCCACGUCCUUUUAUGUGAUAUCCCGCAUUUAUUUAUGUGGCCUGCCACAUCAUUUUAUGUGAUAUGACACAUUAUUUUAUGUGGCCUGCCACAUCAUUUUAGGUGAUAUGAUACAUUAUUUUAAGUGGCCUGCCACAUCAUUUUAUGGGAUAUGCCUCAUUAAUUUAUAUGGACCGCCACGUCCUUUUAUGUGAUAUGCCGCAUUUAUUUAUGUGGCCCGCCACAUCAUUUUAUAUGAUAUGACACAUUAUUUUAAGUGGCCUGCCACAUCAUUUUAUGUGGUAUGACACAUUAUUUUAAUUGGCCUGCCACAUCAUUUUAUGUGAUAUGCCUCAUUAAUUUAUAUGGACCGCCACAUCAUUUUAUGUGAUAUGCCGCAUUUAUUUAUGUGGCCCUUCACAUUAUUUCAUGUGAUAUGCCACAUUUAUUUAUUUGGCCUGCAGCGUCAUUUUACGUGGUCCUGUUGCAUUAUAAUAUGUUUUCCACCGCUUCAUUUUAUGUGGCCUGCCGCUUCAUUUUAUCUUGUCCAUCACUUUGUUUUAAAUGGCCCACCACAUCAUUUUAACUGUAAAAUCUAUUUAUUUUUUUCAUUUUUAUACCGUACAAUUUGAUGGAUAACUUGCUUUCUUUAUUUUUGUUACUUUAAUUUCACUUUUUUUUUAAAAGUCUAAAAAUCCCCUUAAAAUUUAAAAUUUUAAUUCAAAAUUUAAAUUUUAAUUCACAAAUCUAAAUUUGAAUAUUAAGUUAUUAAAUGUAUUAAAUUUAUUUAAAUACAACAUUUUGAAUUCUAAUUUAAAUUAAAAUGUAUUUAAAUUUAAAUUAAUUAAUUUAAUUUAGAUUAAAAUUCUUAAAAUGACAUACAGGGGAUUAUUUCACUCUUUAAAAAAUGUUUUCAAAUAUAUGAUGGUCUAUUUCAUUAUUUGAGAAUAUUCAAGUCUAAAAGCAGCACACACAUUUUGUUGAAAGGACACAUUUCUUAAGAAAAGACAAAGUACUUUGUUGGCACAUUUUAUUCAGAGGCCACAAUAAAUGACGUGGCGGCCCACACCUGGCCCUCGGUCCUUGAGUUUGACCCCUAAGUUCUAGACAAGCAGUAGUUUACAUUAUUUGUUUCAUUAGUCCACAUUCAACUUUUGAGCACUGCCAACCGAAAAUGUGGGAAGUAGAUCCUGCAGUGGAUCUGAAGAAAUAGUCCCACUAGGGAGAGGAUUUAUACGAGCCCGUCCGUCACGCUUUCCCUGACACAUGAAACAUGACAAAUUAGGGGAGUGCAUGCAGAUUCAAUGUUGAAUUUCUUCAAAUGUGUUUUGUGGCGAUUCCGACCUGGACCACAGCCUCAGUUGCUACGUGGACUGGCGCUUUCCGUCAUUUUCAGCAGACAGCAUUGCAAAAACGACUCACCCCCGCCUGCCCGACCUCCUUCCUCCUACGCGAGAUCCGCCCAGGAAAAGACCAUAUGAAUCUCUUCCCCUACUGUCAUUUUUUUUUUCUCCCUUUGAGGGUUGAAGUUUGGAAGCCAGUCCAGUUUCUAAGGAUAGUCCAAGUUCCUGAGCCGCACCUGGACCGUCUAGUCCGUCCUCCAUGGCGGUUCUUGGUACUCCUCCAUUCUUUUCUCAUGAAGGACACUCGGCUUCUUGCAUCGUCGCUGCUUUUUUUGGUAACUUUUCUUGGUGAAUUUGAAGAAAUGUCCCCAGCUGUGAUUGGACAGGUGCCUUGUGGGCGGAGUCAGAGACAUUUUUCACGCUGGGGACCAAGACUGAACUUUUCUCUCUCGCUUAUUACGUCUUUCUAGACUUUUCUGGUCUGAAGGUGAACAAAUAUGCAGACACAUUCUUCAGAGUUCACACUCCAGUCUGCAACAAGUGCCUCGGAGCUUGAGAAUAUUUGCAGGUGAGGCAGCCGCAGCACACCUGAGUGGACAAUUUGAGUUGGCGCUUAAGUUACUUUCAACUCUGCUGACAAAUAUGAAGUCGAGCACACAGAUUGUCUGCAAGUGGGAAGCGACACUCCACUCGCUGAAGUCGAAGGACACAACUUUCUCCAGCAGGUGUCCAAGGUCCAGCUUCAUUCAUCCAUCCAUCCAUUUUCUACCGCUUGUCCCUUUUGGGGUGGCGACGGGUGCUAAAAAUCAGUUAUUCAUCCCCAUUCUAAAUUCAUAAUGUUCAAAAAUAGAUUUUAAUUUUUUCUAUAGGAAUCCAUCCAUCCAUUUUCUACCGCUUGUCCCUUCUGGGGUGGCGGGGGGUGCUAAAAAUCUGUUAUUCAUUCCCAUUCUAAAUUCAUAAUGUUCAAAAAUGGAUUUUAUUUUUUUUAUCGGAAAUAGGAAUCCAUUUUUUUAAAUAUAUUUUUUUAAGUCAUCGCCGUGCAACCAGAAGCAGGUUUUAUACAUGAUGUCACCUGGAGGCAUUUCAACAAAUUGACGCUUAAAAUGCUAAUUUUAUGAAUGACAGGACGACUCAUAUAAAAAUGCUUACCUAAUUUUUUUAUUUUUAUAUAUAGAUCAAUUUUUUUUAAAUAUAUUUUUAGGCCAUCUCCGUGCAACCAGAAGGAGUUUUUAUACAUGAUGUCACCUGGAGGCAUGUCAACAAAUUGACGCUUAAAAUGCUAAUUUUAUGAAUGACAGGGUGACUCAUAAACAAAUUUUAACGUUUUUUAAAAAAAAUUUUUUAAUACGAAUUCAUUUUUUUAAAUAUAUUUUUUAGGCCAUCUCUGUGAAGCAGGUUUUAUACAUGAUGUCACCUGUGAACAAAUUGACGCUUAAAAUGCAAAUUUUAUUUUAGGGCGAUUCAUAUAAAAAUGUUUGACAGUUUUUAAAUGUUUUAUUUUUUUAAUAGGAAUCCAUUUGUUUUUUUAUAUAUUUUUUAGGUCAUCUGCUUGCAGCCAGAAGGAGUUUUUAUAAGUCCUGUCACCUGGAGACAUAAGAUCAAAUUUACGCUUAAAAUGCUAAUUUUAUGAAUGACAGGGUGACUCAUAUACAAAUUUUAACAGUUUUUUUUAUUUUUUUUAAUAGGAAUCCAUUUGUUUUUUAUAUAUUUUUAAGUCAUCUCCAUGCAGCCAGAAGGAGUUUUUAUAAGUGUUGUCACCUGGAGACAUGGGAUCAAAUUUACGCUUAAAAUGCUAAUUUUAUGAAUGAUAGGGUGAUUCAUACAAAAAUGUUAACUUCUUUUUUUUUUUUUUUAAAUAGGAAUCCAUUUUUUUUAUUAAUAUUUUUUAGGCCAUCUCCGUGCAACCAGAAGGAGUUUUUAGACAUGAUGUCACCUGGAGGCAUGGGAUUAAAUUGAAGCGUAAAAUGCUAAUUUUAUGAAUGACAGGGUGACUCAUAUAAAACAUGCUUACAUAAUUUUUAAUUUUUUUUAUAUAGAUCCAUUUUUUUGAAAUAUAUUUUUAGGCAGUCUACAGGCAACCAGAAGCAGGUUUUAUACAUGAUGUCACCUGGAGGCAUGGGAACAAAUUGACGCUUAAAAUGCUAAUUUUAUGAAUGACAGGGUGAUUCAUACAAAAAUGUUAACUUCUUUUUUUUUUUUUUUUAAAUAGGAAUCCAUUUUUUUAUUAAUAUUUUUUAGGCCAUCUCCGUGCAACCAGAAGGAGUUUUUAGACAUAAUGUCACCUGGAGGCAUGGGAUUAAAUUGAAGCGUAAAAUGCAAAUUUUAUGAAUGACAGAGUGAAUCAUAUAAAAAUGCUUACCUAUUUUUUUUUAUUUAUUUUUUUUUAUAUAUAUAUAUAUACAUUUUUUUCAAAUAUAUUUUUUUUGCCAUCUCUGGGCAACCAGAAGCAGGUUUUAUACAUGAUGUCACCUGGAGGCAUGUGAUCAAAUUGAUGCUUAAAAUGCAAAUUUUAUGAAUGACAAGGUGACUCAUGUAAAAAUUUUAACCGUUUUUUUAAUUUUUUUUUUUUUUUUAUAGGAAUCCAUUUUUUUUUUUUUUUUUUUUUUUUUAAGGUCAUCUCCGUGCAGCUAGAAUAAGUUUUUAUAAGUCUUGUCACCUGGAGACAUGGGAUCAAAUUUAUGCGUAAAAUGCAAAUUUUACGAAUGACAGGGUGAUUCAUACAAAAAUGUUAACUAUUUAAAAAAAAAAUUUUUUAAAUCCAUGUUUUUUUAGGCCAUCUCCGGGCAACCAGAAGCAGGUUUUAACAAAUUGAUGCUUAAAAUGCUAAUUUAAUGAAUGACAGGGUGACUCAUGUAAAAAUUUUAACCAUUUUUUUUUUUUUAUAGGAAUCCAUUUCUUUUAUUAUUAUUCUUUUAGGUCAUCUCCGUGCAGCCAGAAUACGUUUUUAUAAGUCUUGUCACCUGGAGACAUGGGAUCAAAUUUAUGCGUAAAAUGCAAAUUUUACGAAUGACAGGGUGAUUCAUACAAAAAUUUUAACUUUUUUUUUUUUUUUUUUAAUUAGGAAUCCAUGUUUUUUUAGGCCAUCUCUGGGCAACCAGAAGCAGGUUUUAACAAAUUGAUUCUUAAAAUGCUAAUUUAAUGAAUGACAGGGUGACUCAUGUAAAAAUUUUAACCAUUUUUUUUAUACGAAUCCAUUUCUUUUAUUAUUAUUUUUUUAGGUCAUCUCCGUGCAGCCAGAAGAAGUUUAUAUAAGUCUUGUCACCUGGAGACAUGGGAUCAAAUUUAUACGUAAAAUGCAAAUUUUAUGAAUGACAGGGUGAUUCAUACAAAAAUGUUAACAAUUUUUUUUAUUUUAUUUUUUUUUAAAUAGGAAUCCAUGUUUUUUAGGCCAUCUCCGGGCAACCAGAAGCAGGUUUUAACAAAUUGACGCUUAAAAUGCUAAUUUAAUGAAUGACAGGGUGACUCCUAUAAAAAUGUUUACCUUACGUGUUAUUAUCCUAGCCGCUUCCUGCUCCGUCACUGAAAAGAAUAUAAUGGCAGUUACUUAUGUUAUUCUGCAUGGUUUUAUUAUACAAGCAGUAAGUCAUUAACUAAGAGUCUUCCCUCAAUAAACUCAGAAUUAUUGUAAUCUUAACCCUAACAUGUUCCCCGAGUGUCCAAAUAACUAUAAAUGAAGUAUUUCUUACUUUAGAAUAUGUUCCCCAUACUUAAGUGUUACCCAAUUAUUUUCUGCGGAUUGUUUUAGGCGAGGACUUUGGACACCGCCGCUCGGAAGGAAGUGCCCACUUUAGCAAAAUAAAAGUCUUUUCCACCACGUCAACUUUACACUGGAAGUACAACCUGCAGGUUUCUCCAUCUCAUGUGUUCUUUUUCCAUAGUGAAUUAAUAUAUGUUGUGUGUGUGGCGUCAGAAGAAAAGGUCUAAUAUAUUCCAAAACUUUUCUCUAUUAACAUUUUUUGAAAGAGUAGUUGUUUUUUUUUCCUUUUUGCUAAAAGUGUGUCCACUAGUUUGAAGCAUUCAUAUUGUUUAUUAUUACGUGUGUAUUUUUGUACCAUUUUGAAGUGGAUUUGCUGGUGUUGUGAGCGGGCUUUGUCUUUCCAGUCUGAUGCUUUUAUUCUGAAGUAGCCAAGACAAAAGGCUGGCGAGCAUUAUUUUUGUAACUUCCUGCUUCUGCUACCUGAUAACUGCUGUUUGCUUUCUUAUUGGCUGCUUUUGAGCCGACAAAAACGCUCCACGGACGUUGGAAAGAUCGGAAUAUUUUUGGAGGUCUUUCAACUCUUUGUGCCUUAUCGCCAACUUGUGCUUUUACUUUGUAGACCUUGAAGACUGACUUCCUUCUGAGGAUGAUGCCAGCUUUUCUGCCUUCUUAUAUUUAUAGUGCCAAAUAGACAAAUAAAGCAUUUUUAAAAGUC